AUGUCCACUUUGGAGAACAUCGAGGUCUUUAAAGUUUCUGAUGCUAGAAAGAAGACCUUAACAGUUAGACAUGAGAUAGAGACUGAGUCAUUUGAUUGUGAGUGUAAACUAUUUGAAAGGUGGGGUUAUCUAUGCAGCCAUCUUUUCUUCGUCCUCAGAAACAAAGAUGUCAACAAUAUUCCAGAGAAGUAUAUUGGUAACCGGUGGCUGAAAAGUGAAUUAUUGAAGGCAGUUCAUGGUUCUAACGAAGAUGACAAGCUACAAAUUGGUAACAGGUGUCAUGGACGUUACUUUGGUCUAUAUCAACGCGCUUUUAAGAAUAAAAAUCAUCUGAUUGCAAUGGAUAAUUUGCUUGCGGGUAUUGGUCCUCAAAUUUUUACUAAUGACACUACUGGAUCUUCAUCAGUUGAUAAAAAUGAUUUCAUCAAGAACAUAUAUGGUAUUGUUGUACCUGAAGAAAUAACUGCACAUGCUCCAGAUGUGGUUAGUACAAAGGGAGGUGCAAAUGACAAGAAAAGCAGGAUUAAGUCGAGCAUAGAGAAAGCAAUUGAAAAAGCAAGUAAACUUCAUAGGCGUUGUGGAAAGUGUCAUAAAGUGACUGAUCAUAAUGCCAGGAGUUGUGGCAGAAAGUAG